AAUUUCGGGAGAUGGCCGAAAUGUUGGCCGCAAAAAUAAGCACAUAAUGGUUACAAUAAUAAUUUUAAAUGAUAUUAAUCAUCACCAUAAAUCAGAUUUUUACUAUACAUUAGCAUUAUAUCCUGGAGUCGAAAAAUAUAAAACAUUAAAGUUUAUGUUAAGCACUUUGUUAGAGGAUUUAUGGUUUUUAAAAGAAAAUGGAUUACAAAUAGAAACAAUAUGCUGGAAUUUUGAGUUUUAUUUUAGUGCAGAUUUAAAGUUUUUUGCAAUAUGCCUCAGUUUAAAUGCUGCUAAUUCUACGUAUUUUUGUCCUUGGUGUAAUGUUAACAAAAAUCAAUAUGAAGAUACACAAGCAGAUUGGAGAAUUACUAAAAUAAUGGAACAACUUAGAUUAAAUUGGAAAAAUACAAAUGGUCAUAUUAAUGCUCCUUUAUUCAAUAUGAUCCCACUUGAAAACUGGGUUUGUGAUGAACUUCAUAUUUUGCUUCGAAUAUAUGAUUAG